AUAGAAGUUGCUUGUAUCUGAAACAACGGAUUGUGAAAAAAGCUUAACGUUACCUCUUGAAGCAACCAAUCCCAUUGCUACAAUUACCACUCUCUAAGCAAGAGAAAUCCACAACCUCACAUACAGAGUGAGACAAAGCAAAAAGAGAGAGAGAAAUAAGACAGAGAGACACAGAGAGAUCACUGCUUUGCGGUUCAAUGGAGAAACAGGUGGUGGAAAACCUAUGGAAGGGUGAGAGAGAAGCUCAGAUUCAAGCAGCAGUGGAGCUUACUAGAUUAAGCAGCAAGCAGAGGCACAAGUUGGCAGAAAAUGGAAUAAUGGUGCCUCUGAUUUCUAUGCUCCAUUCUCAAGAUCACGAAGCCAUUGAAGCUUCUCUCUGUGCUCUGCUCUGUCUUGCCUUUGGCAGUGAACGAAACAAGAUUCGGAUCGUCAGGUCUGGAGCUUUACCAGUGUUAUUGAAUCUCCUCCAAUGCCAAAGCCAACCACUCGUAGAACUAACACUAGCUGCGAUGCUAACUCUUUCUUCUUGCAAAGCAAAUAAGCUCGCACUAUCUUCAUCUGGGGCCAUCCAAUUACUAUUACAAAUUCUCAAUGGCCAUUAUGAAAGUUGCACAAACACUCAAUCCCAGCUUGACGCUAUAGCCACACUUCAUAACCUCUCAACCUGUGAAGAGAUAACACCUCUGCUAGUCUCUUCUGGUAUAACAAUGUCCUUACUUGAACUAAUGCACAACUCAGGAAAAUCAAGUGAGACGGCUGAGAAAGCAAUUGGGUUGCUGGAAAACGUUGUGCAUUCAUCAGAGAGAGCAUUAAGCGAGGCUGCUAGCAUAGGAGGGGCUCUAAGGAUAGUGGUUGAGACUAUUGAAGACGGGUCCAUGAUAGGGAAAGAGCAUGCGGUAGGGAUACUGCUUCUGAUAUGCAAGAGUUGCAGAGAGAAAUACAGAGGAAUGAUAUUGAGAGAAGGAGUGAUGCCUGGUCUGCUUCAGUUAAGUGUGGAUGGAACACAGAGAGCAAAAGGGAUGGCUCGAGAAUUGUUGUUGCUUCUGAGGGAUUGCUCCAAUUAUGGUUCAACAAGUGGUAAGAAGAUGAAUCAUGUGAUUGUACAACAGAUAAUGCAGGAGAUUGAUGAGGAAGGUGAGGAAUUGGCUGGGAGUACUUUGAGAUUGGUGGAGGAGAUGAUUGCCAAGCUCAAUACAUGACACUGACGUGUGUGAAGCUUCUAGUCCGAUGACGUUGUCUUGUGCUGCUUUGGGCUGUUAAUGAUGUAGGAGACUUCAAGUUAGGAUCUGAUAACCAGCUUAGUAUUGUUAGGCUAUUGUCAUUUUUGACACUUCCUCUGUACAUAAGAUGGGUUAGGUCAUCUUCCAGUUCUGGUAUGAUUCAAAUUAGAUAUUGGUGAUGUGAAUUGAUUUGGUAUGCUCAGCUUUUAAAACUAUGGAUGCUGAUUUCCAAACCCUCGACCUGGAGGGUUUGAUGUCAAGUUAUAAUAUUCUGAGACGUCUACGAAGUCCAGAUUUGAUAUCC